UUGAGAAUGAAAUUCCAGUUGUGAAAUUAUCUUUCCUCUAUUGCUCUCUCUCCCCGAUUCUAUUUCUGAAACCCUGACUCCCUCCUUUCUCUUCUGAUUUCUCAAAUUUCUUGUCGAAUUCUGUAUCCCUUUUUGGUUGGUUCUUAACCAAUUAAGUCCUGGUGCUGACAGAACAACACCGCCCCUUUUGAUUAAGGAUGGACCCAUUUUCUUAUUUGAAUCUUUCUUCGCCGUAAGAGUUUUGGACAUGCGAAAACCACAAAGGAGGUUCUAGUUUUGAAGGAUUUCUAUAUUACUCUCCUUUUAGACUUUUAGUGAUUAAAGGAUACAUCUUGUCUUCAUCCACUUUUUCAUUGGUAGAGAACUGAGAAGAUCUUCACUUUUUCUUUGAGUAAUUUUUAUUUACUCCCUCUGUCCCAAAAUUAUUGUCUAGUUUGAGAUUUCACUUUUAGUACAAUUUGAACUAAAAAUGAAAAUCUAAACUGGACAAUAAUUAUGGGACGGAGGGAGUAUAUUUUUUGCAAGAUUCAUUGGUAGAGAACUGCGAAGCUUUUCCUUUGAUUUUUCUUUUUUUUUUUUUUUUGAGAAACUUAUUUGGAAACGGAUCGAGGCGAGUCCGAAAUCCGUUUGUCUGCAGGAAUCGGAUUUAUUUACAUCCAAACUUCCUUUAAAUACUCGUUAGGUUACCCUUCCGUACCAUAGAAUUCUGCUCUCAGCGGCUCCGUUCUGCUCUCAAUCUUCUGUCAGAUAUCUGAUCAAUCAGCCGAAUUCUUCGACAAGCACCUGUAGAAAUGUCAUUCAGGUGCUUUAGAUGGAUGUGGGAUGUUUUGUAUGUGUUAGUUCCCGCGGUUAAAUUAUUACAUCCGCAUAAUAGAAGUGUAUAUCUUCCGGAUGAUGUUAUGAUAGAGAUACUCAGCAGGUUACCUGUAGAAUCUUUGCAAAGUUGCCAGAAGUUGUGCAAACAAUGGAGAUCAUUAACCACAUCCCCAUUUUUUAUCAGAUUGCACAUUGAAAGAGCCAGCCCUGUCAUCUUAAUGCGUGUCGAAAGUUACGGCUCCUUUAAGCAACAAGAUCCAGUCUAUUAUCUUUAUGAAUGUACAAAGAUUGGGACAUUGAAGAUCAGUAAGUUAAGAUUCAGGGAAAGUAUAUUAUUCCAUGAAAGAACGCAACUCAUGUCAUCUUGUGGGGGAUUUCUUAUAUUUGGUUCCGAACGUCGUUGUUACUUUCUAAAUCCUGUGACACAAGAACAUUUUGCCGUAGAUUGUCCUAGCUCGGGUUUAUAUUGUAUUUUUUGUGGCUUCUUCUACCAUUCUAGCAGAAAUGAGUUUAAAGUUCUCUAUGCCACGGGUGUCCCCGGUAACUCUUUCUGUUAUUAUAUUUACACUCUUGGAACAAAUAAUUGGAGAAUGAUAAACCCCCCACCAUUUCCCUAUGCACCUGUUAUAGUCGCACCAUGGGACCCAGCAGUUUGUAAUGGUUUUUUGCAUUGGAUGGCGGGUUGGCUAUUUGCUGAUUUUAGUCCUGAUCCACCUCACGCGUGUGGGAUCCUUGUGUUUGAGAUGAACUCGGAAGAAUUCUCCGUGCGGCCCCAUCCUGGGCAUAAAGAGUGCUCUGACAAGGUGAAUCAUUGGACAAUGUCUCUGUUAGUGAAUGAUGAACAACAUUUGGUAUUCUGCAAUUUAGAAGGUCAGAUGGGACUGAUUGAUAUAUGGAUGUUGGAGGAUCAUGCGAGUUGGUUCUGGGUUCGGAAAUGGAAGCUGAAUUUAUGCACGUUUGACCUACCAGUUAGGCCUUUAGUAGUAUAUAUUAAACCCUUGCUCAUUCACAAUGGAGUGUUAUGGUUGGAUUGCUGGGAAAGAGGGUUAUUAUUGCAUAACCUUGAACGUAAUAAUGUUAGAAGAGUUAGAGGACCGCCUUGGAGUCCGUUUGUUGCACUAGGGCUAAGGUCUGUUAGCCAUAGUUGCAUUGCUUAUGCUAGGAGCCAUUUGCUUCUCCCCAAGUCCAUGUAAAAUGUGUUAUACACAUCUACUGCAAUUUCUUAACAUUUGGCUGCAGUGUUGGAGGUUUUCUUUCUGGAUGUCUCUCAAUAUCAUUAUUGUUUUUCUUGUCUUAAAAUUUAUCAAGUUUAUGCUUUGUUUGUUUACUCGGUUUACGUGCCAUUUGGUGAUGCUAUGUUUGCCCUUCUUAACAAAUACACC